AAACAUAUGUGUAUUUGUUAUCUGUAUUAUUGAUGUUUACAAUUAUAUAAAAUUUAAUAACUAAUUAUUAUAUAGAUGCUGCUUUAUCGUGUUAUGGACAGCAUACCGAUGUAUAUUUUGAAAACCGCCAAUUUGCGCACGGAUCUCGAUUAUCAAAAUCUAAUCCAUUAUUUGUAACGAGAAAAAGUCAUGGCGUUGGUAUCAAAUAUUCGGGACAAUUUCGUCAAAAUGGACUGCGACUUAUAUCUAAAGGAAGUAAAACGAUUUUUAAACAACGCAGUAGAACCAAUUCUAGCGUAAUUUCGUUGAAGAAGAAAUCAUCGAUGGAUAAGAAAUUAGAAAAUAUUGCAGAAACAGCAUGCCAUUAUUCUAUAUGUCAAAAUGCCAAAUUUAAUAAUGGCCUUAUUAGUAAGCGACAUAUGUCUCAAAGCGUCAUAACAAAACACGCUGCAAAGAAUGCAAGUCGUAAUAGCAGCUCUAUGCCAUUUAUUGAAAAACAUCCCCGAUCGUACGCAGAAAUUAUAGCAGAUUACAGUAAAACCCUGUAUAAGGAAUCUACAAGUAUAGAAAAUGACAGUAUUUAUUUUAACAACAUAAUGUGGCAAAGCCCGUUCAGUACUUCGAUAUCACCGUUGAACAAAAAACUCGUAAGCAGUGCUGAACAUGACGUAAUCCCAACUGAAAGGCGAGAAAAUCAUUCAAUUUUUCUCGCUAAUGGUUUCAACUCGACCAAUCGACGCCACCGGAAGAACAUUAACAUUACCGAAUGUCAUAAUUUUCAGCAUCACGAUACAUGCGCUAGUGAGGUAAUGAAUAGAAAUACCAAUCAGGAACACGUUAUUACGAACGAUUUCAAGACCGAGGAUCAAUCUUACGUAAAAUUAGUUGCCGACUGCAACAAAUCUACUCACAUUUCUCUCGCAAGUACUUCGAAUCCUGGUCUGAUACCAAGUAGGAAUGUGUUGGUAAGAAAUUCCCUCGAACUCUUCGGUACUCCGACACGGAAAGCCAGUAGUGCAAAUAUGCGAGAAAUGUUGCAAAAGACAAUCCCCCCUAUCGCCACAAUACCACUCGGAAGAAAUAUCAAAGAACAGACGUCUGACUCGAUGGAGAAUGACUGGUUGAGGGAAAUAGAAAGCGUGAUAAGUGACUUGAGGACUGCCUCCGAGAGAAAAACCGCGAGAGCUGUCAACGUCUCGAAGUUGAGAGAAAGCAACGUCUUGCAAUCCGCGGACGCGUCCAGCAAUGCGCUGGACAGAAUUCAAAAGUUGGCCGAGCUCAUCAAAGAGCACAAACAAAAGGAAAAGGACGCGGAGAAGAAACUGGGCGAAUCCAAGUAUUUCAGCAACACGACGAAGAGUUUGUCCUCGAGGAAGAAUUCAACGCAGGUGCCAACUGUCAGCGGAACUGCCGGUACAUUGAAGCAACCGCAGGUCGAAUUGCGCAUGGUACCCUCCGAGAAAGAGUCCGUCGUGUCUAUCAACGUGGAUUCCGCGUCGAUCGGACUGUCGGAUCCUGUAAAUUCUGCCUCGAAACAACUCUCUGUCAUUGUGCAGUCGGAUCGAAAGGGAGAUCGACAGCCGAGCGAGGCUCAGUGGAACACUCCGACGCUCCGUAGCAGUACCAAAAGUGCAUCACAGCGCAACGAUUUCGGACCUAUGUGCAUUUCGAUUAGCGAGGACUCCGCGCCGGUCAAACAGAUUGAGUUUUCAAUCAACGGCAAACCGGUUUCGGAGCUGAAGAGCAUCACCGCGAGGACGGAACGAUUGGACGUGGUAAGCUCAGUGGACAAAAUCGAGAUCAGAAUACCGUUCUCCAAGGAUGACGCGUCAAGCAAGACCAGAGGGGGCGAUCUAUCGAAGCAAAUCGACUCGAGCGGAGGGCAGAUAUUGAACGUGCAGAUCGCCGCCAAUUUUCAGAACGAGGCCGGGAAGGGUAGCGGCGAGCAGCAACCGGUGGGAACAAUAAAUACAAUACCGACAUCGUCGCAAAUUCCUAGGACUCACUAUGCGUUUAACGAUCCUGUUCGCGUGGAAACUUUGAGCAGCGAUGGCGCCCAACAGCAUGGGUCUUCUACUUGGUCGAAUAUCAGAUCUGACAAUACGACUGGAGGAGAUAUUAACGAGCAUGAAACUUCGGACAACGUUAAUCUCAAAAUCCAACGCGCAACAUCGAAAAAGUUGUCAGCUGACAAAACGAUGGCGGACGUUCCAUUAAUCAAGAAAGCAACUGAUACCAAAGUUGGAAGAUGGAAUACGAAGAACAUGGCGAAUACUGUAUCAUCGGAGACGAAUAAGUACGAUAAAACUGAAUCUUCUGAUCCUCGCGUGCCAUCGAAAGUGAUCCCCUGGUGGUCUUCUUCGGAUUCCUUCAAUAAGAUAAGGAAGAAGGACGAUGACCGCAAACCGGUCUCACCAACAUUAAAUCGAAAUAAGAAAAAAGCAAUGUCAAAUUUGAAUCAAGAUCUUGCUACUGAAUCCUUUCCCUCGAAAUUGAAAGAAACAUCGACUCCAAAGUUGCAGACGAUAAAUGUGGAUUCGAUGCAUAACGCAAUUACAAAUAAUUCUAACGUUUUGAUUUCUUAUAUGGAUUCUGUGGAGCAACACGAAACAUCUAAAGCCUCUGAUCGCUAUCUCUAUCCAUUUAGAUUAAAACCGAAUCGGGGAAAUCCCAGUGAUAUUCCUAAAAUGACAAGAACUGACUUGAAAAUUGAAGAUAGUCAAACAUCAGGCACACAAGAAAACAAUAAAAACUUUUCUCAAGUUAAGCAAACAAACCCAGUUACAUUAUCUACAUUGGACAAAACGAAUAAACAAGAUGAACAUGAUAUAAAUAUCAAAGAGAAGAUAUCCAUCUCGCCAGAAAACGUCAAGACAUCAAGUAAGCAAAAUUUAAAAACUCAAGAACAGCACUCGCUAGAGCAAACAAAUUCAAUCAGUGGUGAACCCAUCAAAUCAAAAAUUGAAAAUAUUGUAGAUGUUAUAAAGCCAAUUAAAAAGAGGGAAGACGGCACUUUGAUCGAUUAUGGUUUAAAGGUAUCAUCGAGAAAACCAAUAGUAAAAUUAAGUAGCAAAAUGGAAGAAAAUGAAAAUUCGAUAAUCAGAAAGAAAAAAAAUUUGUUAUCGGAUAAAUACAACGAAACACGACAAAAUAUGAAACACGAUAUAAGUGUAAUGAAAGCGAUAUCAAAAAGAGAGCAGAUGGAUAAAAGAAUGUCGACAAAGCAGACAGAAAUGGAUGAAAUAAAAAAAGUAGAAAUAAAAAAGAAUAUGUUGAAGAAAAAAGAAGAUUUAACAGUAAAAACUAUUGCUGGUAUAAAAAUAUCAGAGUCCAAAAAAUCUAAUCUUUCAUCAAGCAUAAAGAAUUCUUCAGAAACGGUACCAAAAUCAAAACAAUUACAAACGUCAAUAAAAGUACCAUCAGAAGAACCAAAGCAAGAUAGACAAAAAUAUUUGUCAAGCAUCAAGAAUAUUCCAAGAAAGACUAAGAUUAGCGAAGAAUUGGAAAAAUUAAAUAAUUUGCUAUCUCUACAAUCAAAGGAUAAUCAUCAUUCAUCUAAAGGGAGAGAAAUUUCGAAUAAAAAAAUAGUAGAAGUAUCAACAAAGUCUAAUAUAAGUACAAAUAAAACUGUAAAUACAGAUAAACCAUCCGCUACGCAAACAAAACCAAGUCCUACUUCAAAACCUUCACAAUCAAAAGAUUGUGCAAUACCGAAGGAUUCAAAUAAAAAUGCGGAAGCAAUGCCAACUACGAAUAGGAAGUACGAUGUAAUAGAAGAUACGAUAGCCAAGACCAUAACGCAAAAUCUCAAGAUCAAAAGCUCAUUGUCGAAGGAUAGCGGAAAUAAUCACUUGCAUAAGUCGAAGUCGAAUAGAGAUAGAAAGAAUUCUUCAGAAUCAGAUAAUUCUCCAAAGAAAGAUAGUUCAACUGGCUCUAAGUCAUCCGGUUCAAAGAUGUGUACGGCCAAGGUAAUGUCAAAUAACAUUUAUACAUGUACGGGACAAUGUGAUUGUUUAUAUAAUAACGUAUCCAAACUUUGAUAGGAACAAUCGAUUGCAUUUUGUCCCAAGCACCACCAAAUAUCCAAAAUUUCGCAAAAUCCGAAUAAAGCUGACGGUAUAUCGGAGCAUGUGCCAAAUUUAA